AUGAGUAUAUCUGAAUCGAUCUUUAUACCUUUAUAUUCGUCUGGUGAAACUGAUGAAUCCGCCGGCAGCUCAUCAGAUUCGGUGUUGGACGACGGCGAACGCCAUCAAUCGCAAUGUCUACCAUUUUAUAAUCCUCAACAACAUCGUGUACAUGGACCACCAAAGCGAAAUGAAAAUAGAGAACAAAAAAGUACAAAGGACGAUAAAUUUUUGAAGUCUAUUAGUUAUCAAUUGAAAACUCUUCUGUUAAUGAAUUGGUAA